AUGGUGACACGUACUACCCACCUCGGGAUCUCCCUGCUCCAACAAGACUGUACCCUCUACGAGCUCCCCGGCGAGCUACGCAACAGGAUCUGGUCUUAUAUAUUCGCUUCGCCGCUCAAAGCACAUUUCCACAUCCAAGGCGGCAAAAUUCAACAAGACUUCUGCACGUUUGGUAGCUUGCCAGAUCCAGCAGCCAGACAACUCAACCACGCGGCCACACGCACAUCGAUCAUUCGCACCUGCCGUGCCUUCUACCGCGAGGUCACCCCGUUCUUAUAUGGGAACACGACCUUCGACCUCGUCCUCGGGUCCGACAAAUUAGCAACGCGAACAUCUUGCUUACUGGGAAACAACAACCUCUUUGCUAGGCCCCAGGGACAUGGACCAGAUUCUUCAAACUCGGUGCAGGUCUGCACCCUCUUCCGCCACAUAUCCCAAACCAACCUAAUAAUCCAACCCGGUACCCGCUCAAACAUCAACUCCUACAUCAACCAACUCCAAUCCCUCCUGCGCACCCUAUCGCUCAGAGCCCCACGACUCCACCAUCUCAAACUCCACAUUUUCAUCUCUCGCCAUGACCACAUCGACCAUAAUGCCGCGCCUCAAAUUGUGCAAGCUCUGUUUGGAAUCGCUAAGCUCCCUGCCCUCAAGUCGUUAGAUUUCUACGGAAGCAAUUCAGCCGAUCAUUACGAGUGGGCCGAGGAUCUCGAGUUCAUGGACGCCUGCUGGGAAUUACACGAAUAUCUCGCCAAACGUCGACCAGAUAUUGGCGUGGCGUACCCCGUCUCGGAUGAGGAGGACGAGCACUGCUGUCGUGCCCACCACAACUUGUCAUUAAUGUACUCAGUUGCAGAUGCGAUUCGUGAGGUUUGUGGGCCAGUACUGUUGUCGACCUUCUGGACAGAGGUAUUUUGGGGAUUUAUGGGAUACCUGAAGGUGGCGCACGGGCUGGUCUUCGUGGCUUGCUUUAUAUACUGGUGGACAUGCAAAUCGUGA